GCUGAAUUCGGAAUCUGAUUCGGAACUGAUCUCUGCACCGAUCGAAGUGGAAGCAGCUGAGAAAAUAACAGUUGGGGUUUUGCGAUACGAACUAGAAGUAAUAUGGAAGAGAAGAACAAGAACAAGUACAGUAUAAUUGUUCCAACUUACAACGAACGCCUCAACAUUGCUUUCCUUGUUUAUCUCAUCUUCAAAUAUCUCCGGGAUUUUGAUUUUGAAAUAAUUGUGGUCGAUGAUGGGAGUCCUGAUGGUACACAAGAAGUUGUUAAAAAAUUGCAGCAAUUGUAUGGAGACGACCGUAUUCUCUUAAGACCUAGACCAAGGAAACUUGGGUUAGGGACGGCUUACGUUCAUGGUUUGAAGCAUGCUUCAGGAAAUUUUGUUGUAAUCAUGGAUGCUGAUCUUUCUCACCAUCCCAAGUAUUUGCCAAGCUUCAUCAAGAAACAUUUGGAGACUGGAGCAGAUAUAGUUACUGGAACCCGGUAUGUUAAGGGUGGUGGUGUACAGGGGUGGAAUCUCAUGCGAAAGCUGACAAGUAGGGGAGCUAACGUCCUUGCACACACACUUUUAUGGCCUGGUGUAUCAGAUCUGACUGGAUCAUUCCGGCUUUAUAGGAAAUCGGUGCUUGAAGAUGUUAUUAGUUCCUGUGUAAGUAAAGGAUAUGUUUUCCAAAUGGAGAUGAUUGUUCGUGCUUCUAGAAAGGGCUACCACAUUGAAGAGGUUCCAAUUACUUUUGUUGACAGAGUAUUCGGAAGUUCAAAGCUUGGAGGAUCAGAAAUCGUUGAAUAUCUGAAAGGCCUUCUGUAUCUUCUCAUCACAACAUAAAUGCAGUAUAUCUUGUACAAAUCAUCUGAAGUAUUUCUUAUGUAUCCCCUCUCUUGUUGCUGUCAAGAAUAUAGGCUUUUAGUUACAAACAAAUCUUGGAAUAAUUUUUUCACAGAACAGGUGCAAAUUUCUUUUUAGUAAAAAAGAUCAUAUAGUCAAUUUGA